AUGAACGGCAUACCGAAAGAACUCGUCGCGUCCUCCGGGCAAUUUCGCUUCUUCGUCGGCCCAGAUGCCAAAGAAUAUACCAUCCAUUCCGAUCUCGUUGCUCUGCAAUCUCCGGUCCUCAGCGCCUUGGUGAGCGGGGGCUUGAGCGAGUCAAUUUCUCAAUCCGUGAAGUGGGAUGAUAUCGACGAGCCAUCUUUCCUCAGCUUCUGGGAAUUUGCAUACACGGGGGAUUACGACGUGUCAGAUGCAGCCUACAGCAGCAGUGACUCUAGUAAUUUGUGUUCCAGUGACGAACACAAAAAGGUUACAGACCAUCAGAACGGAUCAUCUUCCAGCGAGGGCAGAAUGGACCACCAAGACGACGCAGAAUGCGAACAAGGAGAAGGGUCUAUGAGGGGAAUGAUAUCAUCGGAAGCCACGAACCGACAGCGUCCCACCAUGACCUGGAGAGACCAUGUGCUUGGAACGGAAUAUCCGCAAGAUGUCAAGGACGGAGACUACGCGGGCGCAGUCGUGCACCAUGCACGAGUCUAUAUCCUAGCAGAUCGCUAUGGCAUUACCCGCCUGAUGAACCUAUCAAUCCAUAAGCUAGGUACGGUGAUGAAGAAUUGUGCCAGAGUCGAAGACAAGGCGCAGGGCAUCAUGGCAUUGCUGCGGCUCUGCUACACGAAUUUCGUGCCAGACCGAUUGACACGCCUCGCAACUCACCGUGCUGCCGAUAGCAUUCUUCACCUGUGGGAACUCGAAGAAUUUCACGAGUUGCUAAAUAUGCAUGCCGCCCUGUCAAAGACAAUGUUGGAGUUGUUUUUGCCUGUGGCCCAUGAGUCUAGUGAUGAGGGCGAUGAUGGGAACGGCGACUGUUGGUACGACGACAGGAAUGAAUGCAAGCAUGGAGAACUUUAUGAAUGGGGGAUGGAUUAUCCAUCUUUUGCCCCACAUUCAACAGGUCCAUCAAAUGGAUGGCCAUGA